AACUCAAAUAUUUGGAUUUCUCAAAAAAAUCUAAGAUCGGUUUAUAACUCAGCUGAGAUUAAAUCUUGAGAUACCUUCUUAGUAGUCUCAAAUCUUAUCUUACCUCUCAAAUAUGGCGAUCAACAACAGAUCACAACGUCGUCGCCGCCGGCAUCGUCAGCGUAUAGCGUAUAACAGACUCGUGGAUCGCGAAAAUCCAUUAGAAAAUUUGUGUGAAGUAGAGGUGUUUAAGAGGUACCGAUUUAGGCCUGAUACAGUUCUUUAUAUCACUGGUUUGCUCGCCCCUUCUCUUACACGCGAAACUCUGAGGAGUUGCGCUCUACCACCCCUUCUUCAAGUCCUCGUAACACUGAGGUUUUUAGCGACUGGUGGGUUUUACUCGCUGAUUUCGGACACCUUUUCCUCUAUUUCCCCACCUUCCAUAUGCAGAGCAGUAAGAGACGUGUGCCGUGGUUUGUGCUGGGUGGCAAGGCAAUUUAUCAACAUGCCGACAGGUCCAAGAAUGGUACAAGUGAAACAAGAAUUUUUUGCCAUUGCAGGUUUCCCAAAUGUUCUGGGAUGUGUUGAUGGGACCUUCAUCAAACUACAAGCACCAUCACAGAAUGAACCAGACUAUGUGAAUAGGAAAGGAUAUCAUUCUCUUAAUGUGCAGGUAUUCUGUGCUUUUAACAUUAGCAUAUUCAUGGAUCAUAUUCGAUUUCACAACACAACACAGUAUGGUAUGAUUUUUGAUAAUGUAUUAAUAAUUUCAUUUAUGCCACAACAGGGCCUAUGGGCCACAUUGCUCAUCUGUGAAGAUGGGCAACUAGUUAAACAAGUCUUAAUUUACACAAUAUAACAUGUUUUCAUAACUUGAAGUUUUAUGCUUAAUAAAUACUACUGUAUAAUGGCUAACUAUUUCAAAAACAACAAACAAUCAAUCAAAAUAUGGAAUGUCAAAGAUGACAACAAUGAUGAAGACAACAUAGAUAGACUGAAAAGCUCACACCAGCCAGCAGUUCACAUGAGCGAAACAUAACAAAUAAUACCUGGUGGUAUUUAACACAACAAUUUUAUCACCAUAUUGCUAAUACAGGAACACACUGAAACACUAGAGUAAUGUCCAUAAAAUACCAUCUUCGCUUACCAAAUGUCCGAUUCUCUUACUCUCAUGAGAGUAAGUAAAUCGGACACUUGGCUAGCAAAGAUGAUGAAUUAAAACUUUUGAUUAAUUAUACAAAUACAUGUAACCAGGUAUUCAAAAACUUCCUAUAUACAUCUCAGGAUUUAACCUAUAUGAUGGUUCAAACAUUUUGCAUGCAAGCUCAUACAUCUAAUUUGAAUGUAAUAGCAUAGAAGACUAUUACCAAACAAAUAUGACAUAAAUUAUUGUCCAAUAAACUGACAGUUAAAUCUGGAUUUGCAAUGAUAAUUUAAAUUCCUUUUAAAAUAACAAUUUCAGAUGAUAUGUGAUGCUAAGUAUAGGAUCCUAAACUGUGUGGCGAAAUGGCCAGGAAGCGUACAUGACAGUAGGAUAUUUAGAGACAGCCGUAUCUCUGUUGCCUUCGACAAUGGUAUAUAUCAUUAAGAAUUUUCUAGGCUUUGAGAUAGUACCAAUACAUUAGACUGAUUGUACUAUAUUUUUUUCUAUAUCAACAGGACAAUACAAAGGUUUCCUUCUUGGUGACUCAGGAUACCCCUGCAAGCCCUAUCUUAUGACGCCAUAUCCUGUUCCCUCUACUCCAGCAGAAGUCAAAUUCAACAACUGCCAUGCUAAAACAAGAGUUCUCAUUGAACAGACUUUUGGAAUUCUUAAGAAACGAUUUUCAUGUUUGUCCACUGGCCUACGCACAACUCCAGACAAGGCAUGUAGUAUCACUUUGGCCUGUGCAGUCUUGCACAACAUUGGUAUUGAAAGAAAUGAUAUCUUAGAUGUAGACGAAUUAUUUGUAAACCAGGAGGAUGUUAGUUUUGAUGUUGGGGAUCA